CGCAGUGUGAACCUGGUCUCUGAAUCACUAAGCAACUGUUUCUUGAACUCUCAGCACUUUUUUCCGGUCUCGAGUAAUUAAUUAUUAAGAACGGAGUCGAUCAGCCCAGUGACUCUCUGGCCAGUUUCCUAUUUGCGUGUUGGCGGAGAUCUCCAUCAUCCCUCUUAAACAGACCCCGUCUGCUCCGGAGCAGCCCUUAUACAGAGCACCAACUAGUUUGGGAAACCUUCGCCCUCGUCAUCCAUUUUGCAGGUCAUGAUGAUGGGCAGCACCCGCGUGGCCCAGCUGCUGCUGCUCCACGGCGCCAACCCCAACUGUGCCGACCCCGUCACCCUCACCCGCCCUGUGCACGACGCGGCCCGGGAGGGCUUCCUGGACACGCUGGUGGUGCUGCACCGAGCCGGGGCGCGGCUGGACGUGCGCGAUGCCUGGGGCCGCCUGCCCGUGGACCUGGCUGAGGAGCGGGGCCACGGCGCUGUCGCUGCGUACCUGCGCGCAGCCGCGGGGGGCACCGAAAGUGGUAGCCACGCCCGUACGGAAGGUGCGGAAGGUCACGCAGCCCGGACUUCAAGAAUUGAGCUCUAAAGACAGAUCAAGUGGUUUUGAUCUUCAAUCAACAAAAAUGAAUUACCCCACCCAACCCAACUCUUCCCUGCAUGCUUGCCUUUAUCAAAUACCACUUUUUAACACUGUAGACAGUGUUUAAAAAAAUCAGCCUUCCCUUUCCCUUAAAUUUCCAUUUGUAUUUCCA